AUGGCCAUUCUAUUCAAUACUGCAGAAGCAUCACAUGCGCAAGAGGAAAUAGCCCCAGAAUCCAUUGAAAUUCUUAGCUCACUCCCAGCAGAAAAAGGCUGGAGAACACCAAAUCUGUACCUAUUCCAGGGAUUUUGGUGCCAGCCAAAAGAGAUUCAGGCCAUAAUUUCUGUUCAGAAUCACUAUAAAGCAAAAGACAGUGAUAUAAUUGUUGCCACAAUUCCGAAAUCAGGCACAACCUGGUUGAAAGCACUGUGUUUUGCCAUAGUGAAUAGAGAGAAAUUUGAUUGCCAAAAGAAUCACCCUUUGCUCACUUCAAACCCACAUGAACUCGUGCUGUUUCUUGAGUAUAAGUUGUAUGCAAACAAUCAAAUUCCAGAUCUUUCUACCCUUCCGACGCCUCGACUCUUGGCCACCCACAUGCCUCUAAAGGCACUGCCUGAAUCUGUUAGGCAAUCAUAUAGUAAAGUUGUGUACUUGUGCAGGAACCCAUUUGACACAUUUGUCUCAAUCUGGCAUUACCUUUGUAAAAUAAGGCCUGAAUCUCUGGGUCCCUUGUCCCUUGAAGAAGCCUUUGAUAUGUAUUGCAGGGGUGUUAUAGGAUAUGGUCCAUAUUGGGACCAUAUGUUGGGCUAUUGGCAUGAGAGUUUAGAAAAACCCCACAAAGUUUUAUUUCUGAAAUAUGAGGAAAUGAAGGAAGACACUACCUUUUAUACGAAGAAAUUGGCCGACUUCUUAGGAUUUCCCUUUUCUUUGGAAGAGGAAAAAUGUGGAAUGAUUGAAGAAAUAUCAAAAUUAUGCAGUUUUGAGCAUUUGAAAGAGUUGGAAGUGAACAAGAAAGGAAAAGGUGCCAUUGCUCACUUCGAAAACAAGAAGUGA